AUGAAAACUGAAUACCAUCAUCAUCACCAUCAACACCAAAUGCAGGCGCCCAAUCCGGCGACGGUGGCGUUCGGCGGCACCCAGUCAAUGAUGUCGGCGGCCGGACACCACCCGGGCCUACAGAUGUCGGCGGCUGACGCGGCCCGCGGCGGCGGUUAUCGGUCAGCAACAGCAGCAACAACAGCAACUGCAGAACAUGUUGAACCAGUCAUCGGUUUCCGUGACCCGUUCGCAGGCGAUCGGCGGUGGCGGCUGUGGCGGUAA